AUGCCUCCAUAUUCAGCCGACACGAUGCGCCCGAUCCCCAACCUCCUGCACGUCUACACCUCCACUCUCGCCAUUUACUUCACUCCCAGUGACAAGUCUGGCACGCGAGGAAUGUUUCGAGAACGUACGGGCAGUCGGCUCAUGGAGCAAGAUAUGAUUGCGCUUUCGUUGAGCAGGACAGCAACCUCGAAGGCUUCCCAGGCUGCUUGUCACACGCAGUGUCUGCUCUUUCUUUUCGAUCCGGUGUCACGGCAUUGCGAAUCCAUGCUCAUCUGAUGGGUGUUUGUGACGGCGCAACGCGCAUUCCUCACAACUUUUAUUUUAAUGAUAGUUUAGACUCUUUCAAAGCCUUCUACAUAAAUAAGUAUAUGGAUAUCAUGCUCAUGAGAUAGCCUUCA